AUGGGUGGUCAGAACUGGGCUCGCUACCGCUGCCAGCAGCAGCAGCAGCAGCAGCAGCAGCAGCAGCAGGAGCAGCAGGAGGAAGGAGAGGAGCAGCAGGAGACAGCAGUGGGGAGAAGGGAGCUGAAGCGGCUGCAAAGGAAAGCAAAAAAAGCAGCAAUCAUUAAACAGCAGCAGCAGCAGCAGCAGCAGGAGCAAGAAGAGGAAGAGCAGCAGCAGCAACAGCAGCAGCAGCAGCAGCAGCAGCAGCAGCAGCAGGAGCAGCAGCAGCAAUGGGCAACAUAUUCAAUUGUAUAUUUAGGGAAAGUUGGUAUUGGAGAACUCAUCGCUGAUGACAUGCAGGAAAGUCUAGGCGCAACAGCAUGGAGAAAGGAAAUUGCUAGGACACCGCAAGAGGGGAGGGCUACUGACGCGCUGCGGGUUGAAAUACACAUACCUUCUGUGAGGCACCCUUCUGCUCUUUCUGUUGAGUGGCUUUCAUCCAGAGAGAUUCAGCUCACAUUAAAAAACAGCAACAAAGAUAAUAUUGUGAUUGAGCUGCCGCUGGCGGUAGACAGGUCUGCUGCAGCAGCAAAAUUUAUAACAGCAAAAAGACAACUCAAUAUCGAGGCCCCUGUUGCUGCUGCUGCUGCUGCUGCUGCUGCUGGGAGCAGCAGCAGCAGCAGCAGCAGCAGCAGCAACAGCAGCAGCAGCAGCAGCAGCAAGACUUCGGAUUUGCCGCAUGCCUUUGCUGCUUCAGCAGCAACAGCUGAAACAGAAGCAGAAGCAGCAGCAGCAGACACAACUGCUGCAGCAGAUGCAGCAGCAGCAGCAGCAGCAGUAGCAGCAGUAGCAGUAGCACCUGCUGCAGCAGAAGCAGCAGCACCUGCAGAAGCAGCAACAGCACCUACUGAAGCAGAAGCAGCAGAAACUGCUGCAGCAGAAGCAGCAGCAACUGCUGCAGCAGAAGCAGCAGCAACUGCUGCAGCAGAAGCAGCAGCAACUGCUGCAGGAGAAGCAGCAGCAACUGCUGCAGGAGAAGCAGCAGCAACUGCUGCAGGAGAAGCAGCAGCAGCAGCUACAGCAGCACCAGCUGCUGCUGCGGCGAAUACAACUGUUGCUGCUGCUGCAGCAGAUAAAACUGCUGCUGCUGCUGCUGCGGACGUAGCUGCUGCUGCUGCUGCAGCAGAAGUGGUAGCUGCAGCAGCAGCAGAAAGAACAGAUGCUGCUGAAGCGGAAGCAGCAACUGGUGCUGCAGCAGAAACACCAGUUGCUGCUGCUGCAGCUACACCUACUGCAGCAGCAGCAACAACACCUGCUGCAGCAGCAGACACAACAAUUGCUGCUGCAGCCACUGCAGCAGCAGCAGACAAUGCUGCAGCAGCAGCAACUGCAGCAACAGCUGCAGCAGACGCACCUGCUUUUAAAGCAGCAGCAGCAGCAGCAGAAGAAGCAGCAGAAGCAGCAGCAGCAGCAGAAGAAGCAGCAGCAACAGCAGAAGCAGCAACAACAACACAAGACGCAGCAGCGGCAGCAGCAGAAGCAGCAACAGCAGAGGCAGAAACAGCAGCAGAUGCAGCAGCACCAGCAACAGCAGAAACACCAGCAGCAGCAGCACCAGCAGCAGCACCAGCAGCACCUGCAGCAGCAGCAGCAGAAGCAGCAACAGCAGCAGCAGCAGCAGCAGCAAAAGGAAAGACUAUAGUAUCGAGGCAGCUGCAGCUGCUGCAGUGCAGCGAGGGGAAGCAGAACGUGCUGCUGCUGCUGCUGCUGCCGCAGCAGCAAACGCCGCUUCAUACAAAACUUUCUAUCAGCAACGGCAUAUGCCAUCUGCCGCGCCUUCAGCAGCAGCAGCAAUUGCUGUUGCUUGCUUAUAGCCUUGCUACUACCUUGCCAUCUGCCGCGCCUUCAGCAGCAGCAGCAACAGCAGCAGCAACAGCAGCAGCAGCAGCAACGCCAGCAGCAGCAGCUGCAGCAACCGCAGGAGCAGAAACAACAGCAGCAGCAACACCAGCAGCUGCUUCAGCUGCAGAAACGCUGCUGCUGCUGCAGCUGCUAGUGAAGAUUGUUUCUGAAGGGCCGGAUGAAUCCACAGCAGCAAACGAGCACGACGGUGCAGCAGCAGCAGCAGCAGCAGCAGCAGCGAAUGGCAGCGAAGGUGCUGAUGCUGCGGCUACAACACAGGAGCAGCAGCAGCAGCAGCAGCAGCAGCAGCAGCAGCAGCAAACGUUUGAGUGGCAGUGGGCUGGAGUGCCUCGGGGGGAGCUAGACCUGCAGCAGUACAGACUGAGCCCUGCUGGUGCUGCUGCUGCAGCAACCGCAGGAGCAGAAACAACAGCAGCAGCAACACCAGCAGCUGCUUCAGCUGCAGAAACAGCAGCAGCAGCAACAACAACAGCAACACCAGCAGCAGCAACACUAGCAGCAGAAGCAGCGCCAGCAGAAACAACAGCAGCAACAGCAGCAGCAGCAGCAACAGCAGCAGCAGCAGCAACAGCAGCAGCAGCAGCAACAGCAGCAGCAGCAGCAGAAACAACAGCAGCAGCAGCAGCAACCUCAGCAACAGAAACAACAGCAGCACCAACACCAGCAUCAGCAGCCUCAGCAGCAGAAACAACAGCAGCAGCAGCAGCAGAAACAACAGCAGCAGCAGAAGCAGCAGCAGCAGCAGCAGCAGGUAGAGUGUGGCGUUUGGUUAUCCGUAAGAAGGAGCAGCAGCUGUGGGGGGCUGAACCCAUCACCGCAUGCAGCUAUCAGCAGCAGCAGCAGCAGCAGCAGCAGCAGCAGCAGCAGCAGCAGCAGCAGCAGCAGCAGCAGCAUGGUGCCGCAGAAGAAGCAGUGAACGUAACGACUAACGAAGACACCGAGGAAGCAGCAGCAGCAGCAGCAGCAACAGCAGCAGCAGCAGCAGCAGCAGCAGCAGCAGCAAAAGAAAUAGCAGAAGCAUUGCACUUCCCCUUGGGCCCCCUGCUGCUCCUUGAGAAUACACUGUGGCGACAAGUUGUCUAG